AUGGAAAAACGUUUUACGUGCAGGGAGUGUGGGAAGAACUUCAGUCAGAGUAGACACCUUAAAUUGCACAAACGGACUCACACAGGGGAGAAACCAUUUAAAUGUAUCGAGUGUGGAAAGAGCUUCCAUUGUAAUACAAGCCUUAGAUCACAUCAACGGACUCAUACAGGGGAGAAACCAUAUAAAUGUAUGGAGUGUGAAAAGAGUUUUCGUGAUAGUGGAUACCUUAGAAGACAUCAACGGAUUCACACAGGGGAGAAACCAUAUAAAUGUAUGGAGUGUGAAAAGAGCUUUAGUGAUAGUGGAUACCUUAGAAGACAUCAACGGAUUCACACAGGGGAGAAACCAUUUAAAUGCAUGGAGUGUGGAAAGAGCUUUAGUGAUAAUGGAAGCCUUAGAUCACAUCAACGGACUCACACAGGGGAGAAACCAUAUAAAUGUAUCGAGUGUGGAAAGAGCUUCAGUCAGAGUGAACACCUUAAAAUACAUCAACGGACACACACAGGGGAGAAACCAUAUAAAUGUAUCGAGUGUGGAAACAGCUUUGGUAAAAUUGGAAACUUUAGACGACAUCAACGGACUCACACAGGGAAGAAACCAUAUAAAUGUAUCGAGUGUGGAAAGAGCUUUAGUGAUAAUGGAAACCUUAGGAACCAUCAACGGACUCACACAGGGGAGAAACCAUAUAAAUGUAUCGAGUGUGGAAAGCGCUUUAGUCAAAUUGGAAACCUUAGGAAGCAUCAAUGGACUCACACAGGGAAGAAACCAUAUAAAUGUAUCGAGUGUGGAAAGAGCUUCAGUCAGAGUGGAGACCUUAGGAACCAUCAACGGACUCACAUAGGGGAGAAACCAUUUAAAUGUGUGGAGUGUGGAAAGUGCUUCAGUUUCAGUGCAAGCCUUAGACGACAUCAACGGACUCACACAGGGGAGAAACCAUAUAAAUGUAUCGAGUGUGGAAAAAGCUUUAGUUAUAGUGGAAGCCUUAGGAAACAUCAACGGACUCACACAGGAGAGAAACCAUUUAAAUGCAUGGAGUGUGGAAAGAGCUUCAGUCAGAGUGCACACCUUAGAAAUCAUCAGCGGACACACACGGGUGAAAAACCUUUUAAAUGCAUUGAGUGCGGAAAGAGCUUCAGUAAGAGUGGACACUUAAGUUCACAUCAACGGACUCACACGGGUGAAAAACCAUAUAAAUGUAUGGAGUGUGGAAAGAGCUACAGUAAGAGUGGACACCUCAGUAAACAUCACCAGACUCACACAGGGGAGAAACCAUAUGAAUGCAGGGAGUGUGGGAAGAGCUUCAGUCAGAAUGAAAGCCUUAAAUUACACCAGCGAACUCACACUGGUGAAAAACCAUAUAAAUGUAUGGAGUGUGGAAAGAGCUUCAGUCAGAGUGCACACCUUAGAUCACAUCAACGGAAUCACACAGGGGAGACACCAUUUAAAUGUAUGGAGUGCGGAAAGAGCUUUAGUGAUAGUGGAAACCUUAGAAAACAUCAACGGACUCACACAGGGGAAAAACCAUUUAAAUGUAUGGAGUGUGAAAAGAGCUUUAGUGAUAGUGGAAGCCUUAGAAGACAUCAACGGAUUCACACAGGGGAGAAACCAUAUAAAUGUAUGGAAUGUGGAAAGAGCUUCAGUUUCGAUGCAGGCCUUAGAUCACAUCAACAGACUCACACAGGGGAGAAACCAUAUGGGUGUAUGGAGUGUGGAAAGAGCUUCAGUAAGAGUGGAACACUUAGAAUACAUCAACGGACUCACACAGGGGAAAAACCAUUUAAAUGCAUUGAGUGUGGAAAGAGCUUCAGUGGAAAUAGAUACCUUAAAACACAUCAACGGACUCACAUAGGGGAGAAACCAUAUAAAUGUAUGGAAUGUGGAAAGAGCUUCAGUUACGAUUCAGACCUUAAAACACACCAACGGAUUCACACAGGGGAGAAACCAUAUAAAUGUAUGGAAUGUGGAAAGAGCUUUAGUAUGAGUGGAUACCUCAAUAUACAUCAACGGACACACACAGGGGAGAAACCAUUUAAAUGC